AUGGUAGUGGUUGUUGUGGUGGUUGUGGUGGUAGCGGUUGCGGUGGUGGUGGUUGUGGUGGUGGCGGCGGCAGCGGUGGUGGUAGUGGUAGUGGCGUUGCAGCGGUGGCGGCAACGAAAUUUGUGGUUGGGGUUGCGUCAGUGGCAUUGGUGUGGUGGUGGUCGUGGCGGUGCUUGUGGCAGUGGCGGUGGUGGCAGUGGCUGCGGGGGAGGGACGUUGGCGAUUAUGGUAGUAGUGGCGGCGCUGUCCACGAUUGGGAGUGGUGGUGGCGGCGGUGGUUGCUGUGGUGGUAGGUUUAGUGGUGGUGGUGGUGGUAGUGGUGAUGGCGGUGGUGGUGACGGCAGUGGUGGUGACGGCGGUGAUGGUGACGGCGGUGAUGGUCAUGGUGGUGGUUGUGGUGGUGGUGGUGGUAGUUGUGGUGUGGUCGCAACGGUGGCGGCGGCGGUGGUGCAGGUGGUGGUGAUGGUGGUCGUGGUGGUGGUGCUGGAGCAGGUGGUAGUUUUGGUGGUGGUGGUUGUGAGAGUUGUAGUGGCGGCGACGUGGUUGGUGGUGGUGGUGGUGGUAGCAGUGGUAGUGGCAGUUUCGGUAGUGGCAGGGACGGUGGUGCGGGUGGUGAUGAUUGUAGUUGUGGUUGUGGCGGUGGCUGCAGUGUAG